GUCCCAUCGCCCCAGCCUGGAACCCACGUUACUGCAGCAGUGCUGACCUGUUUGGGAGUCCGUGGAAACAAGACUGGAAUGGAGAUGGAAAGUUUGAUGACUAGUUCCACCCUCCCACCCCUUUUUGCAGAUGAAGAUGGCUCCAAAGAGAGUAAUGAUCUGGCUACAACCGGGUUAACCCAUGCAGAGGCUCCUUACGGUGGUGGAGCCGCAUCGUCUGCCAACAACCCCGAAUUUGUGGAGGAUCUCUCCCAGGGUCAGCUGCUGCAGAAUGAAUCUUCAAACGCAGCAGAAGGCAGUGAGCAAAGGCAUGAAGACGAGCAAAGAAGUAAACGAGGAGGUUGGUCCAAAGGGAGAAAGAGGAAGAAACCUCUCCGAGAUAGCAACGCCCCCAAGUCCCCCCUCACAGGAUACGUCCGGUUCAUGAAUGAGCGCCGAGAACAGCUUCGAGCAAAGAGGCCGGAAGUCCCCUUCCCGGAGAUCACGAGGAUGCUGGGCAAUGAGUGGAGUAAACUGCCUCCUGAGGAAAAGCAGCGCUACCUCGACGAAGCAGACAGAGAUAAGGAGCGUUACAUGAAAGAGCUGGAGCAGUAUCAGAAGACGGAGGCCUACAAAACCCAGGACCGGCAGAAAGGCAAAUCUCACAGGCAAGAUGCAGCCCGACAGGCCGCUCACGAACAUGAGAAAGAAGCAGAGGUAAAGGAGCGGUCUGUCUUCGACAUCCCCAUAUUUACGGAGGAGUUCCUGAACCACAGCAAAGCUCGGGAGGCAGAGCUCCGUCAGCUCCGCAAAUCCAACAUGGAGUUUGAGGAGAGGAACGCAGCCCUGCAGAAGCACGUGGAGAGCAUGCGCACAGCAGUGGAGAAGCUGGAGGUGGACGUGAUCCAGGAGCGGAGCCGCAACACGGUCUUACAGCAGCACCUGGACUGGGAGCCCCUGCGGCAGGUGCUGACGAGCAGCUUCGCCAGCAUGCCCUUGCCCGGAAGUGGAGAGACACCCACGGUGGACACCAUCGACUCGUACAUGAACAGGCUGCACAGUAUUAUCUUAGCUAAUCCCCAGGACAAUGAGAACUUCAUAGCUACCGUUCGAGAAGUGGUGAACCGGCUUGACCGUUAGGCACCGGUCUUAGAGCUCCAAGAUGUUCUGUAAGUGUUUUUAUUUGUGAGGAAUAAGAAGCCAUCCGUGGAAAUUUGAACCGAGUGGGGGCAGAGAACAGUACAGACCCCUUUGCUGGUGGAAGAGUUGUCGGUGCGUGAGACGCCCUCACCCUGGGAAGCUGUGUGAGGGAGCAGCCCGGGAACACGUAUGCGAGCUUCCUGUGGAAUCGUCCUGUGUGUGAAGCUUUAGAAACAUACCACCGCUCUCCCACAUCUUCAUUUUCCUGUCCUUCCCAUUCCUGUCCGGGUGGAUCUGCAUAUACUCUGCGACUGGGUGACCCCGAGACUGACAUCGUCUGCAGCAGAAAGGAGGACUUCCCGUUGCUGCUGUUCCAAUAGGCCCUUUUAUCUGGAGCUUCAGCUUUCCUUCCUAGCUGUCACUUUUUUAAAUAGCGUUGGGGUUAUUAUUUGCUUCCCUUCCCCCCGCCCCCCGACCAAGUUAUACAUCUCCAUUUGCUGACCUCUGGGCUUUGUCACUCAGCAGGGUCUGAUGGCCCCAUCUUCUCCUGCCCUCGCCCUGCUGUGACUCCAAAGAAAGGGCUCCCAUUGCCAGUGCCCUGCGGAGGAGGCUGUGCGCCCGGUGGGUGCCACCGUCAGCCCGGCUCCAUGAUUGCGCUGCUGUUUUCUAGGCGUUCAGUCCCAGCCCCAGUGAGGCCUCCCAUCCCCAUCCAUUGGCGACGUCUGGUGGAGCACUUUUGCU